GGUGUAACCAGAAUUUCAUAAUGCAGGAGUGCCUAGUAAAAAAUAAAAACAAAAUACAUAUUUAUUUUGUUCAUUAUUUCAUUUUAAAAAUGAUUAUUUAUGUCAAUGGGGGCCCGGGCUUUCUUACUUUGCCACUGUUAAAUGAUAAUUAAAAUUUUAGAAUACUUGUGAUAUUAGCAGCGCUAUCUAGUAACAAUAUUAUAUACUAACAUUUCCUAUUUUGGACUUUUUAUUUUUUAUUUGGAAUAAACGUAUUGUUAUUCCUUAGCAACUUCAUUUUUUUUUAUUUACAACUCAUUUAUCGUAUAUUUGUAUUUGUUUUUUAUAUUCAUUCAAGUUAUUCCAUUUGGGUACAAGUAAUGACAACAUUUUUCGGUGGCGCAUCAUUACAAAGUGGAGUGUCCGUUUGUGCUGGAAUGAUUGUGUCUAUAGGCGCGGUAUCACAAAUGAUGUCUAUGACAAUGUACUCAGAUGAUGUAUUACGUAAGUGUUUUAUAAGAUACCUGACAUUGUUUUCAAUUAUCACAAGUCAUACAAGCAUACAAGUAUACCAUAUUUAAACUUUCAUAGCAAUGUCACUUGGUUCUAAUGUUUUGAUGAUUGGAACUUGGUUAAUGGCGUUAAAUUUCUCAAAUCCAUUGCCAUUUGUGACAUUAGCUAUUAAUUUAUGGAAAACUUAUAUAUUACUUUGGUCUGGCGCAACUGCUUAUACAAUAUAUUCUGAUAGUGCGUAUAACGAUGGAAUAUUAUGCGUAAAUGGACGUUGUGUAUCAUCCUUAUUUAUAGUAAAUUACAAGGCACCGCAAGUAAAAAAUAAUCAAAAAACACGCCUAGAUUCAAGAACGCCUCCUUUAGUUGAAACAACAACAAAAUCAAAUGUUGGUACUACAAGAAAAUUUUCAACUAAACGGCAAAUCGAAUUGAUUGUACCAUCUCAAGGACAUUACACGAUACGUAUUCGCUCAACGACUAAAAAACCAUCUAUACCUAAAAUAACAACAAAAAAACUAACUACUAUAACUCCUCGUGGAUAUAAUACUAGCAUUCAAACCACUCCACCUAAAAUACGGCCUACACCUAAAUUUACAUCUAUGGCAACUGUAAUAAGAUCAAAAACGACAAUAAUAUCAGUAAAUAGUUUUACAACACCCAAUUUAUCAUUAAAACCUAAUAUUACAACCCAACUUAUAUUUAACACUUCAACUAAUGUAAUACCAGAAUACAUACAUAAAAAUUCAACGAAUUCAGGGUUGUCAACUGAAGCCACUCUUCAGACAUCUACUGAAAUUCAAACAAUCACAGCCAUAACACCUAAAACUGAAACUUUUAUAACUAUGACGACAUUAAAGCCUACAACCAAAAGCAUAACUACUCUCGAACCUUUAACUAAAGUUACUACAACUAUUAUGACAAGUACUAUAAAUCCUAUUACCAUAACACCCCAUAAAAAGUCUACUCCUUUACCUCCUAAGACAACAAUAAAAAAAACCACUAAUAUCAAAAAGACAACUAAAAGUAUCACGAGUUCACAUAAAACAAAAAAUAAAACCACUCUUAUAUCCACAUCUGCUACUACUCUAAAGCCUAUAACUACAACACCCCACAAAAUAUCUACCUUUUUACCUUCUAAGACAACACAAAUAAAAACAACCUUCGAUAUUAAAGAGACACCUCCAAUAAUCCCUACAUUUAAACCUUACGACCCGACAGAUCCAUGUGAUUGUAAUAUAACAAUACCAGAAGUAUCAUCAACUCAUCAUACAGAAACAACAGAAGUUUAUGAUCCAGAUUGUGAUUGUGGGAUCACAAAUAAAAAGUUAAAUUUACAGUAUCAAUCCACAAAACAUUCAAUGAGGUAGUUUAGUUUUCACAAUUUUAGUAGAUUUUCAACGAACUGUAAUGAAUUAACUCAUAAAUUUUCAAUGAAAAAUAAAAUAAACAAAAAUACAAGUGCUCAUGUUUUUAUUCAACAGUUUAGCCAGAUAAGUUCAUCUACUAUGCCAAUUAUUUGUCCUAUUGUUUUAUUGGUAAUAUUUUUAGUUGGUUUAUGGACAUUAAAAAAGUAUAAGAAAUUUUUAAGGGCAAAAUGUUGUGGUUGCAUUCAUAGAUGCAACUGUGGAUAUUUUUGGGAAGAAUAAAAUUAUCUUAUAAAAAAACGGAAAAUAUAUUAUUUUUUAUAUUUGAACUUAAAAUGUUCAUCAAACGACUUGUCCAAUUUAAUGUA